UCAAAACGUCUUGAAUUGAUGAAAGAGACACCAAUGUUGCCUCCCCUUCCUUCUAUUUACCACUUUUACACUUCUUCCUAUUUCCCUUUUCUUUUAAAUUCCGCAUUAUCUUUCACAAUUUUCCCCAACAGAAUCAGCACCCGAAUUUCCCGGAUCCGAGAUACCCAGAAGGAAAAGAUUAAAACUUUGGUGUUUUCAUCGAUCUCUGGGGAAAGAUGUGUUGUGGGGGGAGAAUUUGCAUGCUUUGCACGUGUCUGGUUCUGGUGGUGAUCGCCAUCGGGUUGGUAUUCGGGUUCGGAGUGUUCAAGCAUGGAUUCCACAAGAUCAAAGACACUGUUAGUUUCUGCGAUUCUUGCGGCGGCGGAGGAAGGCCUUUCAUCGGUUAUGCACCGCCGCCAUUGUUCUAGUUCUCAGCAUCCUCUUGUUCCAUUUCGUUCUUGUUAAUUGUUCUGGGGAUUUGUUUGUUUCCUUUUAUAAAUUAGUAUUCGUUAGGGUUCAUAUUUGUAAUUACCUGCUUCUUGGGAUUCAUGUUUGAUUUAAUAUUCAAUUGUCUUUGUUACAAUGCUGUUACUAUUUAUUCUGUU